AUGAACUUACGAACCUCUCAUACCGAUGAUGAAGAAGGGUAUUUAUCACGUCGGAAAGAUACUGAUUACAGAAUCUAUAUUCCUCCAAGUCAGAGAGAUUGUAUAGAGAAAUACUACCUUCCUACUUUAGUAACUCCCUGUGUUAUCUAUGAUUACAGUCGCCAGCCUACAGCUGACACUUCACACAGACAAGGGUCUUAUCUGCAAGGAAGUGACAAGUCCGUAACUGAAAAACAGGAUAGAAAUAUAUCAAAUUCUUCUGAGACGUACGUAGUUAACAUUCCUCGUCUAACUCCGCCUGCUUUGCUACCCACUCCUUCUACACAACCUCUUAAGGCUGAUAACGAUUCAUCUGAUAUCUAUACAGAUGAAAAUACGAAACGUGGUACAUCUAAUCAAUCCAGUGGGAAGAACAAACGUCCAAGAUCAUUAGUGAAUUAUUGGAAAAGUUUUGAUCCUGAUCUACUUCGUCCUCAUGGUCGUGGUUACCAUCUGCGUAAACAACGUAUUUUCAGUCCUAUGGCUAGACUAUGGAAAGCUAUGCAACAACAAAGUCAGGUACACGUUAUGACAAGGGGUUUAAGAGAGCCCAGGGCUUUGUUAAUCGGAAAUCUGGUCGCUUUUGAUCGUUACUGGAAUUUGAUAUUGAUAAAUGUUACCGAGUACUCAGUCCAUCUGCCGAAAUCUGCAUUGAAGGGUCAUGGAAGGCCUGGACGAAGUAAAAGACGACGUGAACAACGUUUGCGAAGUAUGCAACGAAGACAGCUUGAAAUAAAUGCGACUGAAAAUCAGCUUCAAAAUGCGAUAUCGAAUGAAGUAUUGUUCGAAGCAAGACAAACGAGUCAGCUUGAUUUAUCUCAAAGUGUAGACUAUGUGAAGGAAAAUAUAACUAAUGUAUUAAUGGAAGCGACAAAUACUCACGAUAAUAAUAAUAAUGUUCAACGUGCAGAUAAAAGUAUUCAAGUUGCUAAUGAUACUCAUAAUUGGAAACCAUCUAUGGUUAAUUUUCAAAAAAGAGGUAUCUCAGAACUUUCAGAUAUAGCACUUUGGAAAAGUUUACAGCCAUCAUCGUCCUUAUCGUUGGCAUCUGUAAAGCAAGUGAACAAUGAAAGUGAAUAUAAGGGACAGUUGUUUAUUCGUGGUGCAAAUAUUAUUUCUGUACGAAUUCAGUCAAAUACUUAA